AUGGCAAAACAUGUCACCUCUACUCUCUUUCUUAUUCUCUUCAUCCUCUUGACCACCAUUCCUUCUUCACAUUCAAACGACCAUACUGAUCUUGAAGCUCUUCUAGCAUUCAAGAAAUACAUACACGACGAUCCGUUGCAUGCUUUGAGCUCAUGGAACGAAACAAUGCAUUUCUGCAGAUGGAAUGGUGUCUCCUGCAGCAAAAGGCAUCCAAGCAGAGUCGUCUCUCUUUCUCUGCAGUCUCAAGGCCUCGUGGGAUCGCUCUCGCCUCACAUUGGUAAUCUCUCUUUCUUAAGAAUCAUCAACUUGCAAAACAACACCUUCAGCGGCCCAAUCCCUCAGGAGAUGGGUCGCCUCCGAAGGCUUCAAGUGAUCAAGUUUAGCAAUAAUUCUUUUGGUGGUGGGAUUCCAACAAACCUAUCACAAUGUACAAAUCUCUAUUACCUGAAUUUGGUUGACAAUCAGCUCACCGGAGUCAUAGUUCCCGAGAUAGCUUCCUUGGACUAUCCCGCCAUUCCUAGGAAACUUCACAGAUCUAUCCCUACUGUCGAUAGGUUCUUGCCGCUCAAGGGAAAGAUACCAGAGUCGCCGCUAAACUUCAAAGAUUGCAGUGGAGCACUUCCAGCUUCGCUAUCUAACUCUUCCCUCAUUGAACUCAUAGAAGUAUCUGAAAACAGUUUCACCGGAAAUAUGAUAGAUUUAACUAGAUUUCCAGCUCUUAAAGUGCUUUUGGUUGCAUCUAACCGUUUCAAUGGAGAUAUAGGUACUAUUUUGUCAUCCCUUACAAACUGCACCAACCUUGAAACUUUGGAAUUGAAUGGAAACCAUUUCACUGGUUCGUUACCAGACUCCAUUGGCAAUCUUUCUGAUCACUUGUCGUCCUUACGCCUCGAUAAAAAUCAGUUAAGUGGAAGCAUUCCAUCCAGCCCAAUUCCUUCCUCCAUUGGAAAACUCCAUAACUUGCAACUUAUCACUAUCCAUAAAAAUAGACUGAUAAAUGAGAUGCCAUUUUCAUUGGGCAACUUGACUUUGUUGAACAUUCUUUCCUUAGCAUUAAAUAAUCUUUCUGGGAGUAUACCUCAAAGUCUUGGCAACUGUACCAACUUGUUAGAAUUAGGUCUUGCAUACAAUAACCUCAGUGGCUUAAUACCUCCUGAAAUCAUGAAGCUUUCCUCCAUGUCCAUUGGACUUGACCUAUCUGGCAACGUUUUGACGGGUACUAUUCCAUCAGAACUUGGGGCUUUGAGAAAUCUUGGAUACAUGGACUUGUCCAACAAUAGAUUAUCCGGAACCAUUCCUCCUUCUUUGGGGAGUUGUGUGAUGCUCAGCUCACUUUACCUAGAUAGAAAUUCUUUUCAAGGUGAGAUACCUGAUAGUUUGAGGGCUUUGAGAGGUUUAGAAUAUUUGGAUCUUUCACAGAAUAACCUUUCAGGAGUGAUUCCAAGAUUUCUUGUUGAGUUUAGCUUGUUGUAUCUCAACAUUUCUUUCAAUAACCUGCAAGGAAACCAAAACUUGUGUGGAGGUAUUGCAACUCUGAACCUUCCUUAUUGUCCGUCAUCACCAAAAUCCAACAAGAAAGGUUUGGGGAAAAUCUUGAUCCCAGCUAUUGUCGGAGCCAUAUGCCUAGCGCUUGCAUUGUUCUUAUGUGUCGUCAUUAUCUACAAGCAAAGAACAUUGCAAAAUGUUGGAAACCCAAUAUUCCGACUGCCAGACAUUUUGAGGCUAUCUUACGGAGAUCUCUUGAAUGCUACAAAUGGAUUCUCGGACAUGAAUCUAGUUGGUGUAGGUAGAUUUGGAUCUGUGUAUAAAGGAACUAUCAAUGAUGAUGAUGAGCAGACAGAUGUGGCGGUGAAGGUUCUUAAUCUUAACGUAAGAGGAGCUUGUAAGAGUUUGGCAUCAGAAUGCAAUGCAUUGAGAGGCAUACGACACAGAAACUUGCUCAAGAUUGUGAGUGUUUGUGACAGCAUUGAUUUUCAAGGGAAUGCUUUUAAGGCAUUGGUGUAUGAAUUUGUGGCCAACAGAAGCCUCGAGGACUGGCUUCAUUCAGAGAAUGAAGGCAGGGGAGCUCUCAAUGCUAUCCAGAGACUGAAUAUUGCAAUUGAUAUUGCAUGUGCAGUUGAGUACUUGCAUUGUGGGAGCUUGGCAUCCACGGAAGGAAGCAGUUCAUCAGCAAUCAAGGGUACCAUAGGCUACAUUGCUCCAGAGUAUGGCGUGAGCCUCGUUGCAUCAACUGAAGGGGAUGUAUACAGUUACGGAGUUCUUGUGCUUGAGAUGUUCACAAACAGAAGACCAACAAGUGAUGCAUUCGAAGGGUAUCUAAAUCUCCAAGACUUCGUUAGCACAGCCUUAACCGACCGUGUAAUGGAAGUAGUGGAUCCAUUUCUGCAUCAAGAACUUAAUGUGGAUGAAAAGUAUUGGGAUUGCAUUGUUUCAAUUCUGAGGAUUGGAGUGAGAUGCUCGAAGCAGCUUCCAAGAGAUCGCAUGUCGAUGGCAGAUGUUGUUAAUGACUUGAAAAAGAUAAGAAAUUUGAGUGUACAAUAUCUUUCAGUUGUAGCAGUUGCUCUGGUUGUUGUAAUUGAACUUUCUUUACAUUAUCUAGCUUUAAUUUCCCAAGAUAGCUUCUCUUGUCAACCUCCAAGCGUUAGGCUUGUCGAUAAACAUGUUUUCGGGACUAUCCCUCCAUUCCUAGGAAACCUCACAAUUCUAUCCCAACUUUCGUUAAGCGAAUGCAGCUUGCAAGGAGAGAUUCCUGAGUCCCUAGGUCAGCUUAGAAGAUUGCAGUGGCUAAAUAUAGGUGACAAUAAUCUAACUGGGCAGUUUUUCCUUAUUUGGUAA